UCACAGUUCGAAUCAAUCUGCCGAACCAUCGGUUCCGUGCUGAUGGCCAUUGUCAACGGCAUCGGCUCGAUCCUGACAGCCAUUAUCAAUGGCAUCGUGUCACUGUUCGACAUUGUCAUCUCCUGCCUCACCUGCGGUCGUCGCAAGCGGACACACCGAUCAACGCGUACACGGACUCACACGACGAGUAGAGUCUAG